AUGUCCGGAACGGCAAUUCAUGAUCCUACCGAGUUCCACAAUACCAUCGAUCGUUUCAAUCUCGAUCAUUCGCUCCGCUCAAGUGCUGCUAUCGCUGACGCAGGAGAUCUUGAUGUUUCCUUGGAUAAUGAUGACCUUUACAACAAUGAUGGCCAAAACGCACCGAAUCAUCCAGAAGUCUGUUUGCCUACUGCUUCUUUUACCGGAAUGAAUGCUAGAGCUAUCACCGAAACCGAGACUUUCAACAAUGCCACUGCCCCUGCCGCCGCUCCAGCCACCACCGCACUCGCCACCACCACUACCUCAACCACUAGUCGAGUAAUUGCCACCACGUCCACCGCCGAACCAGCCACCGUCACUUUCUCCGCUGCUGCUACCUCAAAUCCUGCCUCCACUACCACUACCUACGCCAGUGUGAUUUCCAGGACUACUGCUGCUGCAAACACUGCUACUCGUCCUGCUGCUGUUGCAAAUACCGAAAUUCGCUCUGCUGCACCAUCAACAUGUGAAGUGCCACAUGACUGUCGAUUAAAGGUAGUUAACAGGAAUCGUACCCCAAAUACCUACUGA